CACAUCAGAGAUGGUCAGAGUAUAAGAAUUACCCCGCAGGGACUUGAGAAAGUGCCUGCAUUUUUUAUAUCGAGAUUAGUGCCAGGGGGUCUGGCAGACAGCACAGGUUUGCUGGCAGUGAAUGAUGAAAUUCUUGAAGUGAAUGGCAUAGACACAGGCAAAAAAUCUCUGGAUCAGGUGACCGACAUGAUGGUGGCCAACAGUGCAAACCUCAUCCUGACCAUCAAGCCUGCCAACCAGAAA